GUUUGCUCGACCGGGCGCUGAAGUGUAGAGCGGGUCCCGGGCGCAAGCGCUUGCUGCUGCCCUUGCUAGCCAGAUCAGUCCAUGAUGCCUGAAGUGCGAGACCUUUCCGAUGCUCUGCCAGACUUGCCCAUGGAUCCGAUCACYGGUGUUGGCGUCGUUGCAUCCCGGAACCGAGCGCCGACAGGUUACGAUGUAGUUGCACAAACAGCAGAUGGCUUGGAUGCUGACCUCUGGAAAGAUGGCUUAUUUAAAUCCAAGGUCACACGAUACCUGUGCUUCACGAGGUCRUUUUCAAAAGAAAAUAGCCAUUUAGGCAAUGUCUUGGUUGAUAUGAAGCUCAUUGACAUCAAGGACACGUUGCCUGUGGGCUUCAUCCCCAUCCAGGAGACUGUUGACACACAGGAGGUAGCCUUCAGGAAGAAGAGGCUGUGCAUUAAAUUCAUCCCUCGAGAUUCCACAGAGGCAGCAAUCUGUGAUAUCCGAAUUCUGGGUAGAUCGAAGCAAGCCCCUCCUCAGUACACGUUCAUAGGGGAACUGAACAACAUGGGCAUCUGGUACCGGAUGGGCAGAGUCCCACGAAACCAUGAAUCUUCUCAAGCCACAACCCCUUCUUCCCAAGUACCAUCUUCAACGCCAGCUCCCAACUUGCCUAGGCACAUCUCUCUAACRCUUCCCGCCAGCUUCCGAGGGAAAAGCCACAGCAGCCGUCUGGACCUGGAGCACCAGCACUCCAAUCUGUACGCCAUUUCGGCGAUGGAUGGGGUGCCCUUCAUGAUCUCGGAGAAGUUCGCCUGCGCUCCCGAAGGGGUGCAGACAGUUGAUCUCUUGGGCAUCACGAUCAAAACCCUAGCAGAAAUUGAAAAGGAGUACGACUACAGCUUCCGGACGGAGCAGAGCGCCGCGGCCCGCCUGCCACCCAGCCCCACCAGGUGCCAGCAGCUGCCGCCGUCCUGAGCGG